AUGAGUGUCUCGCAAUUAAUUCAGAAGAUCAACGAGGUCGCUGCUAAUCCACCAGCACAAGAUUCUCUCGAUCCGGCAGAUCGUAUAGCACUUUUGGAGGCUUUGGAUAGUCUCAGGGGUGCUAUUGAGAGUCCGGUUGAGGCAACAGCUCGUAUUGCCUUUGGUGUAAGUUUUCACGAUGCUGUGCAAUAUUACUGUCCAAAGGGAGCACAGUAUAUAACCAAAAAAACAAAUUAACGAACUCUAUGGCAGGCGUAUGAACAAGUUGGUCUUCGUCUUGGAAUAGACAUGGGAAUUUUCGACUGCUUGGCAACUGUUCUUCCAGCUGGCGAAAUGGAGGUAACCGAGCUUGCUGAGAAGAUCGAUGCAAAUACUCUGCUUGUCAGUCGUGUGAUGCGCCUUCUUAGUGCUAUGGGACUCUUUAAGGAAGUUAGUGAGAACAAGUUCGCGAACGGCCCUUUGGCACCUGUUUUUGCCGAUGGAUCCCCUUUUCCAGAUGUAGUUCUUCAUCUGUAAGUGCUCCUGUCGCAGUAAGAGUUGGCAGCAUGGAAUUAACCAAUAAUCAAGGACUACCGGAGCUGAAGUUCUCGUGAAACUUCCGGAAUACUUGAAAAAUACCAAGUACAAAAACCCAAUGAACGCAAAGAAUGGCCCUUUUCAAUUCGCCAAAGGGACUGACCUCCACUAUUUGAUUGGCUCAAAACCGAGCCUGCUUAAGCAAAAGCGUUUGCAACUACGAUGGCAAUCCAGCGUAUGGACCAGGGAGACCCGUGGUUUGACUUCUAUCCUGUCGAAGAAAGAUUUGCACAAAGCUCCAGUACGGACACACCUCUCAUGGUUGAUAUUGGGGGAAGCCUUGGAAACGAUCUCGCAGCAUUUCAUGCCAGAUUUCCAUCUCUGCGGGGAUCUCUGGUUCUGGAAGAGCUUCCCGAGGUCCUCGACUCUAUCACAGACCUUGAUGCCAGCAUUGUGCAAGUCAAACACGACUUCUUUCUCCCGCAGCCCAAGAUAGCCUUGGGCGCAAAGGCAUAUUUCUUGAGUACGAUUCUCCACGAUUGGCCCGACAAAGAAGGAAAGAUAAUUCUAGCGCAUGUUCGGAGUGCCAUGAAUGAAGAGUCUGUUCUACUCAUCAACGAAAAUGCUCUACCGGACACGAACGUUCCACUUUAUCCUGCCAAGCUCGAUUUCCUUAUGAUGAGUUUUUUUUCUGGAAUUGAUCGAACAGUCAAACAAUUCAGGACACUACUCGAGGAAUCUGGAUUUGAACUUGUAGAGGCUCACCAACCCAAGGUCGUGCGUUCUGGAACUGGAUAUAUAUUUGAAGCUAUUUUGAAGCGAUAG